UAUGAAUCGAUUUUAGGAAGCUUUAGAAAUUUUAGAGCAUGCAAUCACAAAAGAUACUCAAAAUAAUCAAUAUUAUCAUUUAAAAGGUAUUGUUACUUAUGUAUGAAAAGCUAAAAUUUUAUUUAAGCUGAAUUUUGUUAAAGAAUCUUUAAGUGCAUUCGAUGAAGCUAUAAAAAGAAAUCAGAAUGAUCCUUAUUAGUAUCAUAAUAAAGGCAUAUAAUAUUAAUUUAUGAAUUAGCAACUGUAUAUUUUUUGUUAAAUUCAUAUGAGGAAUCUUUAAAAUAUGAAGAUCUUGCCAUAUAAAGAGAUUUGA